GGGCGGCGGCGCAGAGGCGGCUUGCGACGCGCGGCGCCGGACGGAGCCCCCUCACCUCGCGAUGCGCGGGCUGUGCGGCGCCUUUUCCGUGGCCACGCUGCUGAUGCUGAGCGCCGGCCCCGGGACGUCCGGCUCAGUGAAUCCCUGCUGCUAUUUCCCUUGCCAACACAGGGGUGUGUGUGUCCGGGCUGGCCCGGAGGGCUACGAAUGCGACUGCACCCGGACGGGAUACUCCGGCACCAACUGCACGGCACCGGAGUUCUGGACCAGGCUACGGGAUGCCCUAAGGCCCAGCCCAGCGUUCUACCACUUCAUCCUGACCCAUUUCCAGUGGUUCUGGAGCAUAGUCAACAACACCUUCAUCCGAGACACGCUCAUGCGGCUGGUACUGACAGUGCGGGCCAAUCUCAUUCCCAGCCCACCCACCUACAAUUCCAACUACGAGUACGUCAGCUGGGAGGCCUACGCCAACGUGAGCUACUUCACACGCGUCCUGCCACCGGUGCCCAGGGACUGCCCCACGCCCAUGGGAACCAAAGGGCCGCUGCAGCUCCCGGACGCCCAGCAGGUGGCUGAGGAGUUUCUCCUGCGCAGGACGUUCCGGCCCGAUCCCCAAGGAACCAACCUGAUGUUUGCCUUUUUUGCCCAGCACUUCACACACCAGUUCUUCAAGACCUCGGGCAAGAUGGGGCACGGUUACACCAGAGCUCUGGGCCACGGGGUGGAUCUCGGGCACAUUUAUGGAGACAAUUUGGAGCGACAACACAAGCUGCGGCUCUUCCGGGAUGGGAAGCUGAAGUAUCAGAUGGUGAGGGGGGAGAUGUACCCCCCGACAGUCCUGCAGGCGCCCGUGCACAUGAUCUACCCCAAGCACAUCCCGCCUGAGCAGCAGCUGGCCGUGGGCCAAGAGGUCUUUGGGCUCCUGCCGGGGCUCAUGAUGUACGCGACCAUCUGGCUGCGGGAGCACAAUCGCGUCUGCGACCUGCUGAAGAAAGAGCACCCCACCUGGGACGACGAGCAGCUCUUCCAGACCACCCGGCUGAUCCUGAUCGGUGAAACAAUCAAAAUAGUCAUUGAGGACUAUGUCCAGCACCUGAGCGGCUACCACUUGCAGCUGAAGUUUGAUCCGGAGCUUCUCUUUGGGUCCCCGUUCCAGUACCGGAACCGCAUUGCCGUGGAGUUCAACCAGCUCUACCACUGGCACCCGCUCAUGCCAGAUUCCUUCAACAUCCAGAACCAAGCGUAUGACUAUGACCACUUCAUCUACAACACCACAAUGCUGACGGACUACGGCGUGGAGGCCCUCGUCGAGGCCUUCUCCAGACAACGGGCAGGGCAGAUUGGCGGCGUGCCCAACAUCCACAGCAGGCUCCUGAAAGUGGCCAUAGGGCUCAUUGAGGAAUCGCGGGUCUUGCGCCUGCAGUCCUUCAACGAAUACCGGAAGAGGUUUGGCAUGAGGCCGUACGGGUCCUUCCAGGAGCUCACAGGGGAGGAGGCGCAGGCGGCCAGGCUGGAGCAGCUGUACGGAGACAUUGACGCCCUGGAGUUCUACCCCGGCCUGCUGGUGGAGAAGAGUCACCCCAACUCCAUCUUUGGGGAGAGCAUGGUGGAGAUCGGAGCCCCCUUCUCCCUGAAGGGCCUCCUGGGGAACCCCAUCUGCUCUCCAGAAUACUGGAAGCCGAGCACCUUUGGGGGUGCUGCUGGCUUCAAGCUGGUGAACACAGCCUCGCUCCAGAAACUCGUGUGCCUCAACGUCAAGAGGUGCCCCUACGUGGCUUUCCGGGUGCCCCACGAUGACCGGGAGGAAGUGCCGACGGUACCGAGCGGCGAUGGCGGCUCCAAGGAGAAAGGGCCGUCAACCGAACUCUAGCGCUGCCGGGGGUUGGGGUUCCUCCGACCCCUGGCAAGUCUGCCAUUUGGGGGGGGUUGGGGGUUUGCAUAGACGAGGGCGGGCGGGCAAAGAAAGGAAUCUCUCCCCUUCAGCACACGUACACCUGCACACACGCCCUCCCCGCAUACCUGAGUGGCCCUUGGAGUUGCACCUGCAGAGGAAAGCAGAUGCUCUUCCCGGGAGAAAUUAAAGGCUUCGGCGGCCAGGCUGCAGUUCAGAGAAGCCUGGGGCCGCAUUCUGGCAGUAGGCAGGGCUGCAGGCCAGGGGCAGGAGUGCCACACGGGAAGUUCUGGGCUAGGUGGGGUCCGAGCGCCUGCUGUCAGUCUUGGGGGGGCCUCACUAUUUCAGCCUUUGGGGACGGGGGCAAAUGAGAGAACGCCCAAAUGUCUGGCGGCUCCAGGGAAAGGGGCUUUGGGAUCGCUGGCAGGGGUGCGACUGUGGAAAACCCUGCCGGGCUGGAGGGGGGCCCCAGGUCCAACGCCCCUGCCGCAUGCAAAGGGUCCUAGAGGACCUGUGGAUUCUCCCUGGAAGCUGUUCGCAAGCACGGCCCCCCGAGUGCGGCCAGACACAGGAAGAGACCACCAACCCAGCGCCGAGCCUGCACGGUGCAUGUGGCAAACCCAGGGGGAGAGAGAGCCCAAGAGGAGGGGGCCGAUACCGAACGGUGGGCUGGCAAGCGGGGCUUUUUUGCUAAUAAAGAGGGCCUUUUUUUGCUAA